AUGGCCGACGCCGGAGCGACGACGAGCACGCUCUUGCCGGGGCAGGACCCCGUCGUCACCGAGGCUGCGCUGCGCUACAGCCAGGAGAUUCAGGCCCUCGUGCCAACGCUGCCGGACGAGAUGGGCCUCUUCCGCCAGGAGGUCGAGAAGAUGCUCAACGCGCUCACCAAGUCGCAGGAGAGUGAGCAGCGCCUCGUGCGCCGGACGCGGGAGAUCGUACACGAGAUUGGGACCAACCAAGACAAGUACGCGCGGGACAAGGAAGAGGAGCUCGAGGCGUACAACUACAAGAAGAAGGUCCAGGUCGAGAUUGAAGUCAUGUGGGGCCAGGUCGCCAACUCGCACAAGAUCGAGACCGAGAAGCAGGCAAAGCUCAACGAUCUCCGGACAAGUAUCGCGAUGCUCGAAGAGGAGCUCAAGAACGGGUCCGGCUGGAGCGAAGCGCAGGAAGAAGCAAUGGCCAAGCUCAAGCGGCAGCGGGCCGACGGUGCCCGCGAGGUGGACACCAAGACGACCGAGCUGCAGCAAGUGCGGAUGCAGGUGAACGCACUUCACGCGCUCGUGACGGAGGCCGAAGAGGAGCAGUUCCGUCUUGACGAGGCCCUCGCACGCGCCAACGAGGACGUUGCGGAGCGCAAGAGCUCGGCCGAUAAGGAGACGCGGCGAAAGUUUGUGCUGGAGAAGCAGCUCAAAGCUCUCAAGUCGGAGGCCGAGCUUCUCAACGCCGAGCACAAGCGCAAGGUGGGCCAAGUCAAGGACGGCGAAGCUGUCUUGAAACAAAAAGAGACGCAGCUGCGCGAGUCCAAGGCCCGAAUGGAGAAGUACCUCAAGCAGUACGACGUUCUGUACCGCUCGACGCACCAGUUCACCGAGGCCAUGGAGUCGCAGUGGCAAAAAAACCAAGAAAUCUUGGCGAUGAACAACCACAUGGAGACCGAGGUCGCGACGAAAGAGGACGUGAUCGCCAAGCUCGUUACCGAGUGCACCAAGAUUGAAGCGCUUGUCGAGCUCACGAAGGAAAAGAUCGCUGACGUCAAUGCCGCCAAAGCCAAGGUCGACGCGAAGCGAGACACGUGUAAACUCGCGUUGAACGAGCUCGAAAACGUGACGAUGGAGGUCGAACGCAAGCAAGGCGAGGCCGUUCGGAAGACGCUCGACGACCUCAUUCGGCAGCGCGAGCUCGUGAAUAAGAUGCUCGUUCGCGCCGCCGACACAUCCCAAGGCACGCACGACCUCAUCAAGAUCCAGGAGAACACGAUGAAAAACCUCGAAAAUGAAAUCAGCGGGUACCGGCAAAGCGUCAAGAAACAGCGGGACAUGAUCCAGCAGCUCGUGGCGGACCGCGAUCGGUACGACAAGGAGGCUGAAGCCGCCAACAAAAAGUACCGCACCGCCCUCGAGGAGGCCAAGCUGCAGGACCUUCAAGUUGUUUCGCUUCAAGACAAGAUCAACGAAGGCGAAGCGCGGCUCAAGCAGCAGCAAAAUUUGUACGAAGCCGUGCGCAGCGACCGCAACCUGUACAGCAAGAGUCUCAUCGAGUCGCAAGAAGAGAUCGCGGACAUGAAGCGAAAAUUCAAAAUCAUGAACCACCAAAUCGAACAACUCAAGGAAGAAAUCACGACAAAAGACCAUUCGCUCGUGAAAGAGCACUUUGACCACCACAAAGUGGACAAAGACAAAGAAACGCUCAAGGCGGAGCUCACCCGCAUCAAGAAGCAGAUCCAGAGCUCGGAGCAAAUCAUUACGAAUCAGGAGCAAGAAAUCUCCAAACUGGCUUCCAUUAUCCAAGAGGCCGACGACGAGCGGCAGCGGCAGCUCAAAGAGUACAACGCAGUCAUCAACGACCGCGACAACCUUCGUGCACAGCUCAUUCUGCGCAAUGAGGAGCUCAAGUCACUCUAUGAAAAGAUCAAGAUCCAAAAGUCCACGCUCAACAUUGGCCAGGCUCAGUACGCCGAGCGCGUCAAAGAAGUUCGCGCGCUGGAGACGCGCGUCUUGGACCUCAUGGCCGAGCACAAAAAGACGGAAGAUCAAAUUUCGUGCACGGGCGACCUCAAGAGCGAAUUACUUCGACUCGAACGCGACUUGCUCCAAGAACGCACCAAAAUCAAAGCCCUCUCAGAGGAAUUGGACCACCCCAUGAACGUGCACCGCUGGCGCAAGCUCGAGGGCAGUGACCCCAAACGCUUUGACAUGUGCUGCAGAAAACUCAUCAAAAAGUCCGAGGAGGCGUGUAUGAAGGAUUUGCUCAUUGUCGAGAAAGAAAAGCUGUAUGUCGAGCUCAAGAACGUGUUGGCGCGCCAGCCAGGACCCGAAGUCGCCGAACAGCUUCUGGUCUACCAAGACAACCUCAAGAAGAAGCAAGCCCAAAUGAAAAAUAUGGAGAACGAACUCGAUAUGUACAAGGCCCAAGUCCGCGAGUACAAGCACGAUCUCCAGCGCAUCGACAAGGAGAUGCUCAAACUCAAAGAAACGUGGCUCCACAAAGUCCGCGCCGAAGCCAACGAGCUCCCCGUGGACCCCGAAAUGGACGACGUCGAGCCACCAGAGCAAAGCAGCAACCAAGGGGCAGAGCGACCAGCACCACCAGCCGUACCGAGCCCGCUCGACGAAUCUAUGUUUGCCCUAGGCAAAUAG